ACUUUAAACGAGAAACCUAUAGAUGAACUUCUUUUGAAGGCAGAUAUUGACAACAAAGCUGACAAAGAGUAUGUAGAUGCAACAAGAGACUAUAUUCUCGCAUGGACAGAUAGAACAUACCCACAAAAACACCAUACACAUAACAUCUAUGACGUAGAUGAACUACCAGCAAUGUUAGAUGACAAAGCGGAUAAAACAUAUGUUGACAAUAAAAUGUCAAGUGAAGUGACAAGAGCUGACAAAGAAUAUUCUAAAAAGACUCAUACACAUACCAUUGCAAAUAUUACAAACUUACAAGAAACCUUAAACAAGAAAAGUGACGUUGGACAUACACACGAUUUCUUCGCAACUGUUGGUAUAGAAAAUAUUGCAGGAACGGUUGAAGAAACUGGUGGGGAUGUAUUAUAUUGUAAACCUCCUAACUUUCCACAAGGUUUAACAUCGGAUGACGACAUAACGACGAUGAAAAACAUUAGAUGUAAAGAUGUUUAUGUCAUGAAGGAUGAACAUAAUAUUAAAUUCACUGCUCAAGAUUUAUAUGACAAGAAAGCAGACAAAACAGAGCUUCAAACAUUAAAGACAGAAAUACUUCAAACAUUAUAUCCUAUAGGCUCUAUUUAUACGUCAAUGAACUCUACCAGAUCAGAAACAGUUCUGGGUUUUGGAACUUGGACUCAAAUAGUCGACAGGUUUUUGUAUUGUGCAAACUCUUCAAAGGAAACAGGAGGAAGUAAAACGAUUUCAGGUGAAAAUUUACCUGCACACAGUCACUACAUAGAUUUAAGUACAUCUCAAGCGGGUUGGCAUAAGCAUAGAUAUUGGGAUUGGGCAGCAAUGACAAAAGGUAAAGGAUAUGAUGUUAAAGACAACGUUAAGUUUGCUAUAAAUUGUUUCUGGAGUAACACUGAGGGAGGAGGAAACCAUACACAUCGCGUUUCAGGAUAUACGCAAACAACGGGACAAAGUAAAGACUACAUGCCACCUUACAUGACAGUUUACGCAUGGUAUAGAAAUGCUUAG